GAAGAGAUCGAAACAUAAUUGAUAUCGUCAUUUUUUUUUUAUAAUUUAACCUCAAAAUUGUAGUUUUUGUAAUUAAUCCGGUUGACGAAGACGAAUUAAUAUUGUUUAAUGCGGACAAAGACCUUAACAAGCAAAUUCCACAGGUCCAUAGUAAAUAAAUUAUAAUAUGCAUGUGUAGCAGUUGGAAGACUAAGUAAGCAAAUUAAAUUAAUUUAAUCAUUAAAUCGGAUAUUCGAUCUUCAAUUUCUCUAUACAUAAACUUCGGAUCAACUCGAUAGUUCAUUCAAUACAAUGGAUCUCAGCUCCAUGUCAUCGUCUAGUUUCGAUCUUAGUUUUCGCUCGACGAAUUCUCAAUUCGAUCGAGACCAAUCAUCAUCGCUAGAAAGAUGCCGAUUAGUUAUGAACUACACGGACUUAACGCUCGAUCACAGUAAAUGGAAGACGAUGCUGCCACCUGAUAAAGACGAACUAGUAUGGAGUUCAGCUUAUUCGUUGAGAUUUUUUCUGGACAAAAGGACCGGAAAGAAUUGCUUCUUGCUCGGAGCAUCGAGACCUGGAAUGCGUUCCGGGCACGGCUUCGAGUUUAUACAUGGCAACUUUAAAUCCAGGUCUUUAGUUUCUUAAUUUAAUCUUGGAAAUUGGAAAACCAAUUU